AUGGGUUCCCCUACAAAAAUCCCCCCCAUACUUAUAACAACUCCAGCAAAAAAUGCAGAACCUUUGUCACAGAGGAAUAAUAAAGCAGAAGAUGUUGCUGAUGGAGCUGCGAAAUCCAUAAACUUUUCAUCUGAGGACCAUGAUGAUGUAGCUCGGAUCGGCAAGAUGCGGUAUGAUGCGUUGAUCAUGGAAAUCAAACGCCUGAAGAUACGUCUAAGAUGGUAUCAAGAAACAUUGGAGAAGGAGAAAAAGAAAGUGAAAUUCCACAUUCGAUCAGUCCAAAUAAUGAAAGUGAGGGUUAGGCUUGCGAAAGGAAAAGGUAUGAGGGAAGCAGAAGCACGCAAAGGGUUUGAGCUGUUCUGCGAGUUUGCAAAAUGUGUUGUCCCAAGCUACAACUGGGAUGGGAUCGCCAUGGAGUAA